UAACAGCUGAGCUGCAUUAACUGCAAACGCAAACAAAAUAAUUGAAAAUCAGAAAAUUUGGCUAUAUCACAUUAUUUACAAACAUGGAAAUACCGGAUACAUAUUACAGCAAAGAUGAAUAUGUAGAAACGGCAUCAGGUAACAAGGUGAGCCGCCAUACGGUGCUCUGUGGCUCCCAGAAUAUUGUGCUCAAUGGCAAGGUGAUUGUACAAAGCGGCGCCAUAAUACGUGGCGAUCUAGCCAAUGUGCGAACUGGACGUUAUUGUGUGAUAAGCAAGAACUCUGUGAUACGACCGCCCUACAAACAAUUUAGCAAAGGCAUCGCCUUCUUUCCGAUGCACAUAGGAGAUCAUGUCUACAUAGGCGACGGCGCUGUCGUAUCAGCGGCUAACGUUGGUUCUUUUGUGUACAUUGGCAAAGAUGCCAUCAUUGGUCGUCGCUGUACGCUCAAGGAUUGCUGUGUGAUCGAAGAUGGAGCUGUGCUGCCACCAGAGACAACCGUAUCUAGUUAUAUGCGCUACACCGCCAAAGGGACCAUUGAAGGCGGCCAAGGUAAUCCGUAUUUUGUGCCCGCUGCCAUGCAAGAUGAAAUGGUCAACUAUACAAAAUCAUUCUAUGAGCAUUUUGUGCGCACACCAGCACCAGCCAGCUAAACAAACAACUCCUAAUUU